AUGCUCUCUUCAUUGUUCAAUGUCGCCGCACUGGCUCUUGUGGCCGACGUAGCUUCUGCCGCUGCUGUCAGCUCCGCCAGCAGAGCCUCGGAUUCCAAGAUUGCUGGCUCGACCACCAGCGAUGUCUUCCCUCCCACCGGCACCAAGGUCAACACCUCUGUGUUCCCCAACGAGUCCGAGGUUGGCUUCCCAGGACCCACCCCCACCGGUCUCGAGGGUGCUGCUGCUCAGACCGCUCCCCUCUACCCAUACAAUUCGGCUGCCGCUGCCGCUUUCCCUCUAGCUGUACCUCAACCUCAUGGUUCGUCUGCUUUCGGCGACAAGUUUGACAUCACAAAGUACUGGGGUAACCUCAGUCCUUGGUACUCGGUCUCAUCUGCCGACUAUGACCUGUCUGAGGCUAGUCCCCUGAUUCCCGACGGUUGCACCAUCAACCAGAUGCUCUUGCUGUACCGCCACGGUGCUCGUUACCCCACCAGCGGUGCUGGCCCUUCCACCUUCUCGCAGAAAGUCCGCAAUGCGACUGCUUCUGGCUUCAACGUCACUGGCGAGCUGACUUUCUUGGCUGACUGGACUUACAAGCUCGGUGCUGAACUUCUCACUCCUUUUGGCCGCAGCCAAAACUUUCAACUCGGUAUCGAGUACCGUCAGCUGUACGGUGAACUCCUCAACAACUUCACCGAGCAGGGCGCUCUUCCUGUCUUCCGUACCGAGUCGCAAGACCGCAUGGUCAAGACUGCUGAGAACUUUGCUGCUGGAUUCUUCGGUGUCCCCGAGUAUUUGAACCAGGUCAACAUUGAGAUUCUAGUGGAGAACUCGACCGUCAACAACUCAGGAGCUGCUUACGAGGUCUGCCCCAACUCCAACAUUGCCAGUCGUGGCAGCAUCGGUAGCUCUGUUGCCAACAAGUUCGCCGCCAAUGCUUUCAAUGCAACCCUUGCCAGACUGAAUUCUCAGGUCUCUGGUGCCCUCAACUUUACUGCUACCGACGCCAUUGAAAUGCUCCAACUCUGCUCUUACGAGACCAACGCUCUUGGCUACUCCAAGUUCUGUGGUCUCUUCACCGAGGAGGACUAUAUCAACUACGAGUACUACUACGACUUGUCCUUCUACUACAACAACGGACCUGGCUCGCCCGUCGCCGCCGCUCAGGGUAAGGGUUUCCUCCAGGAGUGGCUUGCACGUUUCACCCACACCUACCCUGAUGCCACUUCGGCCCUUAACAAGACCUUCGACAACUCCUCCACCUACUUCCCCUUGAACCAGUCCAUCUACGCCGAUGCUACCCACGAAGUCAUCGUUCUCGACACUUUGACUGCUUUCAACUUCACCGCCUUGUUCAGUGGUCCCGCUCUCAGCGCUACUGGUAACCAAGGCAGCAACUCUUUCGUUGCCAGCAAGCUUGUUCCUUUCGCCACCCACUUCACCACGCAGAUCAUGACUUGCCCUUCCAGAAACGUCACCAAGCAGAUUCGUUUCCUCAUCAACGACGCCGUGAUCCCCGUCUCUGACUCUCACCCCGGCUGCCCUGUUGACAAGGACGGUCUCUGUCCUUUCGACACCAUGGUCAAUGUUCUGAAGAAGAGAGUCAACGAGAUCAACUUCAACUACGACUGCUAUGCCAACUACACCGCUACUGCUGGUGUCAACUACAAUGGCCGUGCCCCCACUUCUUAG